AUGUCUGGAAACAGCUGUUCUGGGAAAUGCCCCUCUGUGCCAGCCAUCUCUCUCUGCUCCACUGAUGUGAGCUGCGGAGGGCCUGUCUGCCUGCCCAGUUCCUGCCGGAGCCAGAAGUGGCAACUGGUGACUUGUCAAGAUAGCUGCGGAUCAUCUAGCUGUGGCUCCCAACACUGUCAGCCCUCCUGUCUCGUGAGCAGCUGUGCCCAACCUGUGUGCUAUGAGGCCACCAUCUGUGAGCCCUCCUGUCCUGUGACCAACUGUGCCCAACCUGUAUGCUGCGAGGCCACCAUCUGUGAGCCCUCCUGUCCUGUGACCAGCUGUGCCCAACCUGUGUGUUAUGAGGCCACCAUCUGUCAGCCCUCCUGUUCUGUGACCAGCUGUGCCCAACCUGUGUGCUAUGAGGCCACCAUCUGUGAGCCCUCCUGUCCUGUGAGCAGCUGUGCCCAACCUGUGUGCCAUGAGGCCACUAUCUGUGAGCCCUCCUGUCCUGUGAGCAAUUGUGCCCAGCCUGUGAGCUGUGAGGCCACUAUCUGUGAGCCUUCCUGCUCUGUGAGCAGCUAUGCCCAACCUGUGAGCUGUGAGACCCCUUCCUGCCAACCAGUCCUCUGUGUACCCACUCCCUGCCAGCCCAUUGUAUGCAAACCCAGCUGUUGCCAACCAGUGGUCUGUGAGCCUACUUGCUGUCAGCCAGCGUGCCCCACACCUAGCUGCUGUCCAUCUGUCUGCUCUGUGGCUAACAGCUGCCAGGAGCAAUCUUGCUCGGAGCCCAGCAUCUGCCAGCCAGCUACCUGUGUGGCUCUGGUCUGUAAGCCUGUCUGCCUCCGCCCUGUCUGCUGUGUUCCAAGCCCUUGUGAGCCACCUUGUGUCUCCAGCACUCGCCAAGAGCCCUCUUGCUGCAUCUCCAGCAUCUGCCAACCCAUCUCCUCUGAGCCCAGGCCCUGCUCGCCAAGUGUCUCUGUGUCCAGUUCAUGUCAACCUACCCGCUACAUAGUCAAGCGCUCUCGGUCUGUCUGCUGUGAGCCCGUUUCCUGCCCAUCUACCUCCUGCCAACCUCUCUGCUGCCGCCUGGGAUCUUCUGCAUCUGCCAUCUGCCAACCAAGUUGCUCUCGGACUUUCUACAUACCCAGCUCCAGCAAACAGCCUUGUACUACUUCAAUUUCCUACCGCCCGAUUUGCCGCCCAAUCUGCUCUGGACCCAUCACCUACAGGCAGCCGUAUGUGACAUCCAUAUCCUACCGUCCUGCCUGCUACCGCCCAUAUUACUCCAUCCUGCGCCGCCCCGCCUAUGUCACUUCUGUUUCCUACCGCCCAGUCUGCUCCCACCUGCCUUGUGCCGACCCCUGUAAACGGGAUUGUAGAAAGUCCACUUCCAGCCAACCGGAUUGUGCUGACUUAACAUCCUGCAAAGGGGAGGUCUCAGAGAAGAGUCCCUGCCAGCUCACUGAGGCCAAACCCACCAGCCCAACCACCCGUGAGGCCACAGCCAGGCAGCCUGCUGCCACCAAACCUGCCAACUGA